CGUGUGAAAGAGGGGGAGGAAGUAAACUGUGCAUUUUAAUCUGCAGAGUGCAUUAGCAUUGGAUCUGAAAGCGAGCUGAAGAAGAAGAGAAAGAAAAGGAGAAUGGCUCGCGCGGGAGGGAUAACAAAUGCAGUAAACGUUGGAAUCGCAGUGCAAGCCGAUUGGGAGAACCGCGAAUUCAUCUCUCAUAUAUCUCUCAACGUUCGUCGCCUCUUCGACUUCCUUGUUCAAUUUGAGGCUACGACGAAGAGCAAGUUGGCGUCUCUGAAUGAGAAGCUGGAUGUGUUGGAGCGCAGGUUGGAACUGCUCGAAGUUCAAGUGGGCAAUGCCUCGGCCAACCCUUCUCUUUUUGCCACAUGAUUUUGUGUUGUAAUACGGCUUUCCAAUUAGGGGAGAAAUGAAAGAAAGCUUGCCUAAUCCCAUAAUUCUGAGAACUUGUCUCUUGUGAAAGAUUUUGAAGCCAUUUUGCACAAGUACUGAAUUGGUUGGAGGAUUAGAAGAACAAAUAUCCUUGAGAAAUAGGGGUUUGACUUCAAGCCUGGAAACUGCAGGAGGUAGUAGAUAGGAAAGAGAUGGAAGACGAGUAAGGAGAUUGAAUUAGUAUAAAUCCAUUGUUAAAUAUUUCUUUUAUAGUUUUAUAUGUUAUUGAUGUUAAACAUUAUUUUUCAUGGAGUGGUGGUGGUGGUUGCUUGAUUAUGUGUAUUUAAUAUUGAUAUGGUUUAAAAUAAUUGGACAGACCACUCCUUCGUCUUCUUCUGCCUUCCUUCUUCUCAUUUGAAACCAUGGAUGUUACAUGAUCAAAAUAAGAGUGGUAUCUUGGAACAAAUUUGAACUUUUCUGGAAUACAUACGUAGCAAUUGUUAGUGA